UCUAUUUUUAUAAUGUCAGAGGUGGGUUAUUUAUUAGGAAAGUUAAUAGAUCCAAUGGAUAUUAUAAUUAGAGUUGUCGGAUGGCCGGAUGUUACUGAUUUUUGUGAGAAUUUCUUGAACUUCUCUAUUUUUGUAGAGUGUCUACCUAGGAUUCUAGGUGACUUCAUGUGGAGGCUUGAAAGGAGCCUAAUAGGAAGAUGUUUUUGCUUUAGUUCCCUGCCUAAUUUUCUGACGGUAACAUUGGACAUGCAUGUACAUCUAGCACAUGUUUGUACAUCAGAUUUUACUAACGUUUUGUGAUUUGCAUGAGGCCAGUAAAUGAAUAAAAACCGACAACAAAAAAGUAGGAGAUGAUGGUACUACUUAAUUUACUUAACACACAUACUGUGUAUUGGUCUGGAUUUGAAGCGUGGUUCAUCACUUAGCUUUGGAUGAUCCCAAACAAUACAAUUCUGCGCAUGCAGGAACAUGCGGCAGCUCAAGUACAUGAACAAGUUCCACCCCUACGACCUGGCCUUCAAGCGGCACUGCAAGGAGGGCAAGCUCCCCAACUACGUCGUCAUCGAGCAGCGCUACCUGGACCUCAAGCCGCUCCUCCCGGGCAACGACGACCACCCCUCGCACGACGUCGCCCACGGCCAGCGCCUCGUCAAGGAGGUCUACGAGGCGCUCCGGUCGACCCUCCUCGUCGUCACCUACGACGAGCACGGCGGCUUCUUCGACCACGUCCCCACCCCCGUCGCCGGCGUGCCCAGCCCCGACGGCGUUGUCAGCGCGCCGCCCAUCAGCUUCGCCUUCGACCGCCUCGGCGUCCGCGUCCCGGCCAUCCUCGUCUCGCCAUGGAUCGAGCCGGGCACGGUGAUCCACCGGCCGCCAGGGCCGGAGCCGACGUCGCAGUACGAGCACUCGUCCAUCCCGGCGACGGUGAAGAAGAUCUUCAACCUCAAGGAGUUCCUCACCAAGCGCGACGCCUGGGCCGGCACGUUCGAGACCGUGCUCACUCGCACCACUCCAAGAACCGACUGCCCAGAAGAGCUGCCGGAGCCGGUGCUGCUGCGGUCGUCGGCGGAGGCGGAGGAGCACCGGGGGAUCUCGGAGUUCCAGGCGGAGCUGGUGCAGCUGGGCGCCGCCCUGAACGGCGACCACGCCACGGAGGCCUACGAGACCGACAAGCUCGUCGGGGGCAUGACCAUCGCCGAGGCCGCCGACUACUGCCAACGUGCGUUCGCCAAGUUCAGGGAGGAGUGCCGGCGGUGCCACGAUUGCGGCAUGGACGAGUCCUACAUCCCGGAGGUCCAGCCGGCGGCGCCACCGGCGGCGCCGGCCCCGCCUGCAUCCAAGCUGUGCAUCUGCUUCCCCUGCUUCCGUGCGUAAUUAGAAGGGGUGUGCGUCGCUAUCGAUGGAUUCGCCGAGCGUUGCCUUUUGUAAGUGUGCAUAUGCUUGUGGAUUGCUUUGCUUGAUUUGUUUGUUGUUUUGUAAAGGAAAGAUUGGUUUUGUAGUGUGGUGUUGUGUUCAAUUUAUUGGUUUUGUUGCAGUGUUAAGCGAGAAAUAAAGAUGGACUGAUAUGAACAUUUGUUGCCAC